AGAUCCCCCUCCACUACCGAUCACGUGGGCGCGCUUCCCCCUCCCUGUGAGAUCGCGGGAACGCGCGCGGCCUGUUCCUUCUACCGAUACGACCCGAUCCCCGGCCGGGAAGUGCCUCGGGACCCCGCAGCCGGCGGCCUUGUAGCCAGCUCUGCGUGGGACCCUGGGCAACCAUGUCUACCCCAGAUGUCAGCGUUCACGUGGAAGAAGUGGUCGUUGUGACCACGCCAGACAACAUCAUGGAUGGCAGCGGCAUGGAAGAGGUGAAGGCUGUCCUGGUGACCACAAACAGACUCUGUCACGCGACAAGAACCCUUAGUGAGAAUGGAGAUAAUGGAAGGUGUUACACUGAAUUGGAGACCGAUAUUCAUCCUUCAUAUUCCAAUUCAUAUAUAAAUGUGUGGAGCUUGGCAGAGGACACCCUCGAGUCAGACAAUGUGUCAUUUUCUUCAUCCACAGAGCUGAAAGAGGCUGUCUUAGUGAAGAUGGAGGAUGAAGAUGAAGAGGAGACAAUUGAGGCUGAAAUUGCUUAUCCUAUCACCUGCGGAGAGAAUAAAGCCAACUUAAUCUGGAGGAAGUUUGUCUGUCCAGGAAUCAAUGUCAAGUGCGUGCAGUACAAUGACCAUUUAAUUAGCCCAAAGGAAUUCGUUCACCUGGCUGGAAAAUCCACCCUAAAAGACUGGAAAAGGGCGAUCCGAAUGAAUGGAGUCAUGCUCAGGAAAAUCAUGGAUUCAGGAGAGCUUGAUUUUUACCAGCAUGCCAAGGUAUGCUCGAACACGUGCCGAAGCACCAAGAUUGACUUAACAGCAGGUCGAGUGCCACUCUGCAGUCAAGUGUCCACAGAGUAUAUUCCCAUCACUCCGGCCACAGGUGACAAUUUUACCGUGAAUGGGAACCCAACAACCAUUACUAUUGAAACUUGCGAUGGUUCAGGAGACUGGACUGGAAUGAUAGGAGAUGAAACACUGCAUUUCUGGCAAGGCCUGAGGGACGCGGGGCUCCUUGGAGACGUCAUACAGGAGUUUCACCAAGAGCUGCUGGAAACAAUGAAGGGGCUUAAAGAGAGACUUCAAACGCCCCCCAUCCAGUUACAGGAUGCCAUGUUACUCAACAACAUUGUCCAGAAUUUCGGAAUGUUGGACCUCAUUAAGAAGGUGCUGGCUAGUCACAAGAACCAGAUGGACCGAUCAAGAGAGCAGUAUACGCGAGACUUGGCAGCUCUGGAGCAACAGUGUGACGAACACAGGAGACGGGCCAAAGAACUGAAACACAAAUCACAGCAUCUUAACAAUGUCUUGAUGACACUGACCCCAGUCAGCCUUCCCCCUCCGGCCAAGCGACCAAGAUUGACGAGAGCCACGUCCGGCCCUGCGGCCAUCAGCUCACAGGUUUCGCAGCCCACACAGAUUACCCUUCCCCAAGGAUUGACUUUAUCUCAACUAACCAGCCUACCUUUCAGCAAAGUUGUGUCCACCAGCAUCCCGAGUUCUUCCAACUCCACCAUGCUGAACAAAAAUUCAAGUUCCCAGUCCACCUCACCUUCCUCUCCUCUCUUAGGAGGUUACACUAUCCUCACCCCAUCAGGAAGCAACUACCCCGGCACUUUGGAGAUUCAUCCCGACUCAUCCAACCUUGCCGUCUUGAGUACUGCAGCCAUGCAAGACAGCAACACUGUUUUAAAGGUGAUGAGCCCCAUCCAGCUCCUCACCCUUCAGGGCCUAGGUGCAACAAUACAAAACCUGGCUCAGAUAGCACCAGCUGGCAGUACCAUUGUAGCCAUGCCCUGUGACUCUGGAGACGGAGAGGAUGAACAGACCACUAUUGAGGUGACUUCACUGUCUGAGGAUCAGGAGCAGAAAUAGACUUGUAGCCUUCUUUCUUUGCAUUGCAGCUUUGGCUGCCGUAUUUGGACUAAAGUUGGGGUAAGCCUAAUGAUGGGAGAGAGAGCAGGUACAGGUUGCAAAAGCUGAAGAACCAAAGAGGGAUGGGUUAAUCCUCUUUAGUAGUAGAUAUAUCUGCUCAGCAUUGCACAGGACUAUGCCACAGGCCAUUCUGACACUAAAUAGGACAAUGGGUUCUGCAUAGUUUGGCUUGUAGCAGGAAAUCAUAUUUGUGGCAAAAGCCGAAAUUAUCCAGAAUACCCAGACUCUGAGGCUUCCAAGGGCCAUUAAACCUUCUCAGGACUUGACCAGUUAGUAACAUACAGAGAUGGGGCAAAUUUAAGGCCUACAGCUCUGCAGUACUACUGAGGUCAACUGCCCUCCGCUAUGUACAGCGGUAAUAAUAUAAGGAAUUGCAGCUUUAAGUUAGCAAAGGUUUGCCCCGUGCUCACCUAGACAGGGCAGAACUCUUCAAUGAACUCCCAGACUCAUUCAUCUAGUAUCAAACAGGAACUUUUCUGUAUUUGUAAUAGUAAAGGAAUGUCAAUAAAGUUUUGGAGCCAAGCAGCCAUGUUGAAGGGCAGAAAAAUAAGAGGUCCAACAAAAAAAAUGAAAAGUCAUAGGAACCGAUGCACUGAGACUGUUUUGUCUUUGUGUAGUUUUGUGUUAACCGUUUUAGAGCCAGGGGGUUGUGUGUUAUCAUGCUUAAGCAGUUGGAUUGUCAGCCCUCGAGUAUUCAGUGAUUUAAAGACGUGUUUAGUUAUCUGGUAAUGGGAUGCCUGCCCUGUGUUUUACCAGUCAUGGAUUCUGAUGAACCGGACUCCAAAGAUAGGCUGUGAUUGUUGAAGACACCAGAUAGGGCAAUGUGCGAACCCCUGCCAGUUACAACAGUUAGAAUUUCAGUAUAGUUUCUACAACUACUUAUCUGAUGCUUGUCGAUUUGUCUGAAUAGUGAUUGGAUAAAGGGACAGACAGUUGGAAACUGGAUUAUUUUAAUUUGUUUUCAGGUACACAAAAUGACCCGAAAUUGUUUGUGGUUAGCCAUCAAGUUGCAAUUAUGCAGCUUAUGCAACUACAUCUCCCAUGAUGCUUUGCUAGCAUUUCGCCUGCAAAGCACUACAACAGCUAGAGGGAUAUCUGUUGGCUACCCGUGGUUAAAUAAUUAAGGUUGUGUCAACACGGAAAUACAUUUUUGAUGAGGUCACACAUUGCUAUGCAUAUAGUGUUAGUUGAGUGCAAUCGUUGAGUGUCUGAGUAUUGCAAAGUAGAGGAGCUUUGGAUGGGGAAGGAAUAGAAUAUUCUCUAGGAAUUAUGUUCAGCUCUGUCUCUAAUUGCAUCAUUGAUAUCAGCCUCCAUUCCUACUAAACACAUAUAUCCUUUACCUGAGAUCGGCACCAGUACAUUAUAGGGUGCCUUGUGCUGAUUGGAUUCUUUUGGUGAUAUCCCAAUCUGUAUUACAAAAAGAUGGCCUCAGCAUGGUUACCUUAGUGGGUAAGUACAUUUUGUUUUGGUUCGAUUUAAUACCCCUCAAGGUGGGAAUUCCUGGGUGAGCACACACCUGCCAAUGCAGGCAUAACCGGUCUGACUUUUUAAAGAAGUCACUAUGACAAACAAGACAAAUAAAACAUCUACAAAUG